CGCAUUGUUUGAGAGAAAAAUAAAAAUAGGAGGGGGGAAAUUUUUUGGAAGAGUUCGAGCUUCUUCAUCGUGUGUUUGAGAAUGGAAGUUCCGGCGACCGACCCGCUUGCCCAGCUUAGUUUGCCUCCUGGUUUUCGGUUUUAUCCUACCGAUGAGGAGCUUCUGGUUCAGUAUUUAUGCCGGAAAGUAGCCGGCCACCAUUUCUCUCCGCAAAUUAUUGGCGACAUCGACUUGUACAAGUUCGACCCAUGGGUUCUACCGAGCAAAGCGAUUUUCGGUGAGAAAGAAUGGUACUUUUUCAGCCCAAGAGACAGGAAGUACCCCAAUGGAUCUCGUCCGAACAGAGUGGCCGGGUCUGGGUACUGGAAAGCCACCGGAACCGAUAAGAUCAUUACCACCGAAGGCCGGAAAGUUGGCAUAAAAAAAGCUCUCGUUUUCUACGUAGGCAAAGCACCCAAAGGCACCAAAACCAAUUGGAUCAUGCACGAGUAUCGUCUUCUCGAAAAUUCCAGAAAGAACGGUAGCUCCAAGCUCGAUGACUGGGUUCUAUGCCGAAUAUAUAGGAAGAGCUCGAGCGCACAGAAGAAUAUGCUUUCAAGCGUUUCGAGCAAAGAAUACAGCUACAGCAACGGGUCUUCUCCCUCAUCAACGUCCCACUUGGACGACAUGCUUGAAUCAUUGCCAGAGAUCAAGGACAGAAGCUUCAUCCUGCCGCGUGUGAACUCGCUUAAGGCACUUCCUCAAGAUGAGAAGCUGAAUCUUGUCGCCGGAAAUCCCAUGGACUGGGCUAACCCGGCGGUACUAAACUCAGCACCCAACCUCGUCGGGUCUCAGGGGAUUCUAAAUUAUAACCCCGGAAAUGACCUUUGUGUCUCUUCCAUCUCUCAACUCUGCCACAUGAACUCGGCGGCCCCGGUGCGCUUGGAGAAGCUUGGGAACUCAAUGGAAGAUGAGGUUGAGAGCGGCGUCGGAACCCACCGGGUCGAGUGUUCGGGCGGGCACUUUCAGCACAAUUCGUUUGGGUUCACGAGUCAGGGAUUCUCGACCAACUCCAUUGACCCGUAUGGAUUCAGAUACCCGAGCCAGUCGAUCGGGCUCGGAUCUCAACAGUGAAUAGAUUCAAAAUAGAGUGCAUUCGGUUGCUGUAAAUACUUGGGGAUUCUUUGGGCUAGCUGACGGGUAGAUUAUCAUUGGGUUGAAUUCCAGAAGGGGAAGGCGUGAAAAUUUGAAUUUUGGUCGUUGUUUUCGCCUCUCGGCAAUAUCAAGGAGAAAGUAGGGAGUUGAGGAUAUUCAAUGAAUAUUUUAGUGACUAAGCAGCAAUAAUUGAUAUUGUAACAUUCAAUCUGAAAAAUUAUUUUGUUAGGUUUGCAAAUUUUGUCUGCAACUAGUAGCGCACUCAGCCACAUUAAUCAUAUGUCGUGCUUGGUCAUGUCAAUCAACAUUUGCUUUUGGUGGCAAAUAUUUUUGGUCUUACUUGAA